GCCGGCGCGUGAAGUUCAAACGAAAUUGGAAGUUCUGCUGUGAAAUGGUUUUAGUUUUAGAUAUAUACAAGUGAUAGAUAAAUCCGAAAUAAACCGCCUCACGAUGAGCAAGAAAAUGUGGCAAAAGAUUUUCAAAUCCAAGUCGCAGAAACCGCAGCCCUUGGCCAAAAUCAACAAGCGACACAGUCGCAUCGUUUACGAGGAGUACCAGCAAUUAAACGAUCUGCUGGCCGGUGGUGAAAAUGGGCAGCUCAAUUUCAGCAAUGAAAAGGAAAAUGAGCAUGAAAAUGGAAAUGGCCCUGCCUGUGGAAAUGGCAACGGCAACAUAAACGUUUUCGAGCAGCCGCCGCUGCAAAGUUCUUUCAACUCGUUGGAGUUUAGUGAGGCGCAUCAGCAGCAGCAGCAGCAACAUCAGCCGAAGCAACAGCAGCAACAGCUGUCAACGUUUUCGCGCGUUCGCAACACAUUUUCCAUCAGACGCAACAGCAACAACAGCAAAAAGCUGGCCAAUGCCAAGCCAAGUGAGUCGGUUGCAGAUGCAGCAUCUGCAGCAGCAGCAACAAUUGCUAAUGCAACAGCAACAGCAGCAACAUUAACUAACAAUAAGCCAGGCAAUCAACUGCAACGCAUCGUAAUUGUUGUCAACAAGAUCGAUGUGGCCACUAACCAUUUGCAUGCCAAUCCUACAGCGGCGACAGAAACAGAAACAGCAAUUAAAUCAACAACGAGCUGCACCACGGAUCCCGAGGCGGAAAACACGACGGGGGGCGCGGAGGAUGACACCCUGCCCCCUCCGCCACUGACCUCCGGUUCGUCGCUUCCGGUGCCGGAAUAUGUCCCCGAGCAGGCCAAGCAGCUGACCCCCUGUCCCUGCUGCAGUCGCACCUUCGUCGUGGACGCCCUACGCAAGCACGUGGUCAUCUGCGAGAAGUCCUCCAAGAAGCGCAAGAUCUUCGACUCCUCACGACAACGUCGCGAUGGAACCGCUCUCUCCACCUACGUGCUGCCCAAGAACUUUGGCCUUCCCAAUGCGGAACGCACGGCCGGAUUGCCCUCUCCUCCGACCACCAGUCGCGAGGCUAUGACCACUUCUGUGACUGCUGCUCCAACAGAGCCAGUAAACUCACCGCUGCCAGUUCGUCGAAAGUCGCAAACGGAAAUGGUUCGCUCCACUGCCCGAGCCUCUUUGCGGAAGGCAGCCUCCACACUUUCCAACAGCUCGGCGCCAGAGGCUUCAGCUGGGACACCUGCUGCUCCGGCUGCUCCGCUCGUCCGCGAACGAUCGCUGGCCAAGCGGAUCAAGGCACCGGCCUGCGAUCGCUGUCCCCACUGCGAUCGCACCUUCAAUCCCAAGGCCUUUGAUCGCCACGUGGAGUGGUGCAAGGAGAAGGCCAUCCAGAACAACAUGAAGUCCACCAACAGCCAGGAGACGAGCAAGGCCAAGGAGCGUCUGGAGGCCAGGAAGCAGUACAGGCCACCCAAUUUGAAGACGAAGAGAUCUUUGGCCCGUGACAAAUACUCUGGAAACCACGAGGAGCUCCUGGAGGCGGGAGAGAUCGCGGCACCCAAGCCAAAUAUGAUGUCCCUAUCGAUGACCUCAUCCGUGCACAGUGAUAACACUCAAGCUCAAGUCGCGAGACCACGAACCUCGGCGGGAUCAGGAGGAGCAGGUCGUGGCAAAGCGAGCUCAUCGGUCACCCAGAACCAGGUGAGCCUGUACCACGAGGAUCCUCCAUCUUCACCGCCGCCACCGCCCAGGGAACGUGCUGCACUGCGUCGCUCCAAGCGAUCCAAGCCGGAAUCCUGCAGCGAAAUCGAUGAGACUAUGGAGCGUUUGAGGACUGGAGAUGCUCGCCAGUUGGCCAAACUAGAUUGCUUGGAGGCACCAGUUCUUCAACCGGCUAGACGUCGUAAAGGCGGAUCCAAAUUGGAUAAAAUCGACGGGGUUGAUAAGGAGAUCAGCCUGCCCCAUCUACCCCAAGUAUCCAUGACAUUCGACGAGCUCAAUGGGUUGAUCAAGCGCAAAGGCGGCACCCCCAUUUGCAAAGUGGAAAUGGAUGAGCAGGAAAUGGCCAGUCUGUCUAGCAAACACCAAUCCUCCACAUCCCUCGUGCAACAGGCACGUCGACGCAUUCGCACCAAAGAGAAUCCCAAUCUUCAGCUGCGUGCUCUGCAAUCAUGCCCCUUGGUAUCCAAGGACGUCCAGUUUGCCUCUUUGGAUUCCAGUUUGGUGCCACUGCAGCAAAAGCAGCGCAAGGUUUACUCCGGAUCCGAGGAUGAUUCGCCCAGGGCGGAGAUCCAAAUCAAACUGGAAGCCACCACCAUGCGGACAGUUUGUCGACCCUCGAAGAGAUCCCAAAUAAUGAGCAGCUCGGAACCACUGCGUGCUCUGCCCAUGCCAGGAUUAAAGCAGAAUCUGGAGGCCAUCAAUCAGUCCAUGGGUCAGACAGUGCUCCCUAGAUUAAAGCUGGGCAAUGAGAGGCAGGAUUUCGAACCGGAGGAGCCAGAUGAUAACUAUACCAGUGAACUGGAAGAGGAAGAAGGAGUCGAAGAGGAGGAGGAGCAGGAGGACCUCAUGGUGCGAGCAGCUAAGCUCAUAGAGCGGGCUAGGUCAAGUCCCAUUCCCAAGGCAGAACCUGAAAAGGAGGAGGAGGACUACCAAAGCGAGGAGGAGGAGCCGGAGGAGGCUGUCCUGAAGCUGCCCCCUUUGAUUAAACAAAAUAGCAACGUCAGUCGCCGUUUGGUGGUCCUUGAGCAGGAUGAGAAUGGCACCAUGUACAUCAAGUCAGCGCCUGGAAACAAGCGACGUUCCUCGAAUAGCGGCCUGGGAGACAAAUACGAUCCCUUCCUCUCGGCCAAGCGGCAGCUGGAGGAGCUCUGCUCGCCCAGCACGCCGCCGCCGGAGGAGGAGGAGGUGGUGACCACCAUCAGAACACCAAAAACACCUACACCCAGUAUAGCCAUGACCACAUCCUUGACCACAGCGGUUGGUAAGCCAGCGCAGAUUACGCAGAAAACCACCGCCACGCCGGCCUCCAAUUUCCGACGCACUUCCUCCUUGAGGGGACCCCGUCGCACGCCCAUGCUGAACAGUCGCCCCCUGUUCGCCACCAACUAUCGACCCACCAUUCAGCGCGGUCUCUCCGACGAGGGACCCAUCUCCACGAACUUCCUGAAGCCCGAGGAGUUCGACGAGAUGCCUGUGCGGGCAGCCUGCGGCAAUGAUUUCCACAGUCCACGGGUGGUGCGUCGGGAUACGAGUGCCUCCAACCGCAAGCAACUCCUCAAGUUGCCAGUGAAUGAUCCUCCUUCAACCGCUGCUGCCCCCGGACGCAGUGUGGCCAAGACGGACUCCCUGGCCGUGUUCUUGAAAUACGAACACGAGCUGGAGCAGCUGAAUGCCAAGGCAGCGGAGCUGGCAGCCGCUAGCCAGUUGACCAGCAAGGAGCAGAAGGACAAGAGCAACACGCUGAGCAAGCAGAACUCGGCCAAGAGCCUGAGUACUCCUGCCCAGCUGCCACUAUUGCCGGUGGCAUCACCAAAGGAGGUCAGCUAUCCACCGGUGGUUACACCUUUGCGUCUGGAACCCAUUGUUAGUAAGCCGGUGAACCAGCCUCCUCUUACACCCAUCAAACUGGAAAGCAUCUUUGGUCCGAAGAGGGAAACACCUUCAGUGGCCAGCGACUACAUAGAUCCCAAGCUGAUCAAUGCCUGCGAUAAUCUGCAUGUGAACAGUAACAUAGCCUCGGAUGCCAGCUCCACUCCCCAGCAAUUGUCGCAAAGUCGCAGCCGGAGCAGCUCCCAGUCGACCAUCACCCACGAACGAAGGCAAUCCGGCGAGGCCAGGAAUCUGCUGAAGCGCAAGAUGCGUCUGGGACGCAAUCAGUUCCUCUACGAUGCCUCUCCCGAGGAUGCAGAUGCCUCUUCGAACUGCUCAGCGGACGACGAGGCCAAUCGCUCGUCCAUGGAGUACGAUGAGCAGUGCUGGCAGCAGCAACAGAAGCAGCUGCUGGCCAAUCCCCUGCCAAUGGUCAUGCCCAUGGUCCACCAUACGAUGCCCACCUUCGACGACUUUGACUUCGAGGAGUUCCUCUCCUCGUUCGAGAACGAGAACGAGGACGAGCAAUUCCCGCUGUUCAAGGACUGUCGCGAGUUCCUCAUGAAUCGCUCGACGAGCAGGCAACGCUCGUUCCAGAAGGCAGCGACUUCAGCACUUCCCACACAAACGACGACGACAGCCACACAGAGUCAUCUAAGUCAGCAGCAGGCCAAGAUUAAAGACCAUCACCAUGCCGCCCACAGGUCGCCGCAGGAAGCCUCGAAUGCCAGCAGCCAGGAGGAGAAGCGAGAAGCCCAGGAUCUUCAACAGAAGCGGGAGAUCUUCAUCAGCAUCGAGACGGAGGCCAAUGCCCAGGGACGCUCGCCCAUCUCCCCGGAGUCACUGCGCCACAUGGUCGGCAAUGCCCAGACGCCCAUCGAUGUGCUGCACAUCGAGAACGGCAACGAGCCGGAGCACGCGAGGUUCAGCAAGAUCAGCGACACGGAGGAUGCCGGGGAAGAGUCUGGGAAUGGGGUCAGCCAGCCCACCAGCCGACUGUUGGCCCCAUCCUCGAGCAAUAGCUCCGCUUUGGCGCCCAACGUGCAGCUGAACAAUGCCAAGAACCGGAUACAGCAGAUGCACAGCGAUUUCCGGCAGAUGGGCGAGGAAAUGGGCGCCUCCAUGCGGCGCAUGCUCAUCGGAAAUGCGGGAAGGGGCGAGGAAACAAAUACAGGACCAGAUCAGGUCAAGGCCAACGCCCCACUGACGCCUUCGCCAUCGGCGGACUCCGAUGAGCUGAGCAGCCUGGAUGGCUAUCCCAUGUCCUCGUCGCACGGUUCACGUCGCGGAGCCAGCUCCAAGCUGAGCUCAGAUUCGGCAUAUGGAAGCAGCAACUCACCUUAUAGCUUGUCGCGUCAGCGCUCCACGGAACUGCAAACCGUCACUCCUCGUGGCGUCCAGGGACUUCUGCGUCCUCACACAGCCAGUGCCAAGUUGAUGGACGCCUCCACGCAGGCGCAGAUCGAUCAUGGAACACUCAAGGCUCGCCAGCGACUCUUUGCCCCGGAAUUUUCAAACAACAACGAGGAUGGUGAUUUGGAUGGAGCCGAGUCGAGCAGUGGAUCUGAUCACUCCUUUGCGGUGCAAAAGCAGCAGCAGCAGCAACAGAAGCAGACCAGCAAUUACAACUAUCAGCAGCAGCAGCAGGCGCAACAGCAGAUGCAAUCCCAAUCCCAAUCCCAGCCAGCUUACAACACUAACAACAACAACAACAACAACGUACCGAUGACACCCACCACAUCAGAGCAUUCGCUAAUGAGCAACUCGUCCACGAGCACAAGUACGAAGAGGUCGAAGUACUGCCAUGAAUGUGGCCACAAGUUUAUCCUCGAAGCCGAGAACUACUGCAUGGAAUGCGGUUUGAAGCGGGUUGAACUCUAGAUUAACACAGCACAGUAGCUUAUCAGUAGCUCACACAGAAAUCCUCGAGAUUGGAACACUCAAAAACACUAAAACACGGGAAACCCCGAAAAGAGAAGACGAUUCCUGGCUGGUUUGAUCUUUUAAGGGGCUCUAAAAUAUAUACCAAAUGUAGUUGUUAAACGCAGGCAACACCGCUUAUAUAUACAGAAGUAAUAAUAAUAAUAAUAAUAUAUAUUUUAAUACAAACCAAAACAUGCAAAACAAACGGUUUUAUAUCGAGCAAACUUUAAUUAAUCGAA